GGAUAUAACCGUGGAUCCAAUUGGAUAUCCUUGUUAACGUUCUCUUUUUUUCUCUGGGAUUGUGGAAAACGAUUGGAUGGAAAAGGGAACUAUGCUCGUAGAAUUUUUGGGAGACGUUUGGGUUGUAGGAAGUGCCCUUUUAUGGCAUGCAGAACAUUUUACAGAUCAUCGCACAUCAACUUCCGGUUGGGUGUGUUCAGACGCUUAGUCUAGGAAGUAAAUUGGAAAUAUCUCUCCUUUUAACACAAUAAUUGUUCACGGAAUUAAUACCAAUCGAAAGAAAAUGUCAAAGUCUUUGAAGAAAAUCGUAGAGGAGAGCCGGGAGAAGAAUAUACCCGAGGUCGAUAUGUGCGACAGGGGUGUAUCAAAUAUGCUCGACAUUCCAGGGUUAUUCACACUGUCCAACAUUACCCAGCUGGUUCUGAGUCACAACAAGCUCACAACCAUUCCUGCCAACGUGGCUGACUUGAAGAACCUGGAAGUUCUCAAUGUGUUCAACAACCAGAUAGAAGAGCUGCCCACUCAGAUCAGCAGCCUGCAGAAGCUCAAACACCUCAACCUUGGUAUGAACAGGAUGAGUGCUCUGCCCCGAGGCUUCGGGUCCCUGCCUGCUCUGGAGGUGCUGGACCUGACCUACAACAACCUGAACGAGAGCUCACUGCCCGGCAACUUCUUCUACCUCACUACCCUGCGUGCACUCUAUCUCAGUGACAACGACUUUGAGAUGCUUCCUCCAGACAUCGGCAAGCUGGGCAAGCUGCAGAUUCUGAGUCUGAGGGAUAAUGACCUCAUCUCUCUGCCUAAAGAGAUAGGAGACCUGGCCCAGCUCAAAGAGCUCCACAUUCAGGGCAACAGGCUCACUGUGCUGCCCCCUGAACUGGGUAACCUGGAUCUGACUGGGCCUAAGCAGGUGUUCAAGGCUGAGAAUAACCCGUGGGUGACCCCCAUUGCAGACCAGUUCCAGCUGGGUGUCUCCCAUGUGUUUGAAUACGUCCGCUCCGAGACCUACAAGUAUCUGUACGGCCGACACAUGCAGGCCAACCCCGAGCCUCCGAAGAAGAACAACGACAAGACCAAAAAGAUCAGCCGCAAGCCCCUGGCCGCCAAAAACAAAUGAGGGAGAGGAGGAUGAGAAGGAUGAAGAGGAGGAGGAGGAGGAGCUGACUGCUUGUUUGCCCCCUUUUUAUGUAUUUAUCAGAGGAACACAGAACUACAUUUUAUACUGCUCUAUGUUCAGGAUGUCACGCUAGUGUUAAUGGUAGUCCACCAUGCAUCUUUAACUGCCACAGAGGCCCAUUUUAUUACAGCACCCUUUUAAGCAGACCAAAGGACUGAUUCAGUCAACCCAUCCUCUUCAAAUCAAUUCAUAAAGCGUCUUUUAUUAACUUUUUUCUCGGACAGUGUGAUUUUAAACCAUCAGCAAUUUGUUUCUUAACUUAAUUUGGAAGAUAAAUCAUUUCCCAAGCCAUAUGUGUAGUGGUGAAGUCGUUACACAGGUUGACGGGCUCUGGCCCCUGUGGUCCCACAGUAACUGAAUUAGCUUGUCCUGGUGGGGGAGACUAUUGUGAAACAAUGCUAAUUUGUGUAGCUAUCUGCCGACACAAAACGCCUUGUAGAGUAACCACCAGAGAGACGGCAUUAGCUUCACCCCGCAUUUGAUUUGAUCCAGCUUACCAGAGAGCGAGCGAGGGGAGGGGGUGAGGGGAGGGACGCCGGGUGAGGGAGGAGAGUUGGGGGGGGGGUUUAGGAAGGAGAGCAGGCCAUUUUGGAGAUGUUCAUAUCCGACCCCUCCAGCACUCCCUGGUGACUCCUUGUCUCCACUGUAGUGAGACAGGUUGUGUAAAGGCAGCCGCUGCAGCCCGAGUGGAUGGAGGGAUUUUAGACGGCUUUAAAGGGUCUUAACUGCAUCUGUAGUAUCCUGCCCUCGAGGGGAGUAGAGGGGUAUAAAGUCACUGACUGUUACCUUUUCCUGCAUUUGCUCUUCUUAGUCUUGUUUUCUAACACAGGGAUAUGUAUCCACACUGUCUCUUGUGGUCAAUUGAACAUGUUCGCUGUCUACGAGCUAUGGGAGCCAGCAGUGGCCAAAAUGCCCCCAGAGCUCAUUUUUAUAAAGGAUAACAAGUAGCUUUCAACAAUGGGGUGGCCAUGUACCUCAGAUAUCAGUCAUAUGGGACAUAACACUGAAACAAUAUGGCGUCCUAAAGUUGCAAUCCACUAUAGUCUGGUACGGUGCUCGGUCAUAAUCCACUUUGUAAAACCGUUGUCCAAGUCUUUUCAAUGACCUGGAGAUACUGGAGUAUUUUGAUUGUUCCAUUUUGUCAAGUGUCUUUGAAAUAUGUCCGCAACAAUCUGGGACAAGCCAUAGAAUAGCCAUUGAUAGCCUGAGUCUUUACUGAAAGUGUUAUAUUUAAACGUGCCUCGGAAACGCACGCUUCCUGACAGCUGUCCUUAACAUUUCAGCUUAAUAAUGAAAAGAAUGUACUCCUUUUGUUAUGCUUUUAUCAAGUCAUGCGCCAGAUGCCACAAUAUACUGUAUGUUACAUGUGUUCUGUUUUCAAUAUUUUAAAUAAAGCAAUCCAUUUGGUUUGAGUUUA